GAGAUGAAGUCUUUCUCUUCCGACCGGCAUCAACUUCGCAGACCACUACCGACAAACAGAUAACGCCCAGACACCCCCCUUUUACCGGAAAUAAAGAACAACGACCCCCGGCAAUUCUCCGUACUAAAAGUUCAACGCGGGGGGCAACUCGUGUUCGGUCUUUUUGCCAUUAACCUGCUGCUGCUGCUGCUCUUAGCUAUUCUCAGCUUGCUCUGCUUUUGCUGGCUGCUGUUCGGUUAUGGGGGUCUUGGGGCUGAGUUCUUCUAUAGCUCUUCUUGUUGCUGUUCUUGUCACUGUCUCUGCUCAGCCACAGACUGACCCGAAUGAAGUGGCUGCUCUGGGCAAGAUAGCGGAGCACUGGGGACUGGGAAGGUUCUUGAAUUUGACAGUUGAUCCCUGCACCCCAAAUGCCCCCUGGGCGCCUGAGAACGCCAAUCCUAGGAUUGCGUGUGGUUGCUCAACGGCAAGCAACGCCUGCCACAUCACUCACCUGAAAGUUUAUGCGCUGGACAUUGUUGGUGAGAUCCCCAGUGAGCUGUUUGCUCUCAAGGAGCUGGUUGACUUAAAUUUGGCUCAGAAUGUCUUAAGUGGACCAAUACCUGUAGAAAUCGAACAGUUAUCGAAGAUGGAGUACCUUAGCCUUGGCAUAAAUAAUCUGAGUGGCACGGUGCCUCCUCAGCUUGGCAAUCUAACCAAGCUGAUUUCGCUAAGUUUCAGUUCAAACAAUCUCCAUGGACCUUUACCCAAAGAGCUCGGGAAAUUGAUUAAUUUGCAGCAGCUGUACAUCGAUAGCAGUGGAGUGACUGGGCCAAUUCCACAGGAACUCGGAAAUUUGAAAUUACUCCAGAAGCUUUGGGCCUCUGAUAAUCUUUUCACCGGAAUGCUUCCUGAAUUCUUCGGGACCCUGACAGAGCUCAUGGAUCUGCGAUUUGAGGGUACGUUGCUUGAAGGUCCGAUUCCAAGCAGUUUUAGCACUCUAACCAAGCUGAACAACCUGAUACUUGGUGACCUCACCGGAGAGGAUUCAUCUCUCGAUUUUCUACAGAACCAAACCAGUCUAUCUGUGCUAUCGUUAAGAAAUUGCAGAGUAUCUGGACAAAUUCCUGAACAGCUUGGCACAUUUUCUGAGCUGAUAUACUUGGAUUUGAGCUUUAACAAGUUAAGUGGGCAAGUACCAGCUUCCUUCCAAGAUUUCAAUCAAAUCCAAUUUUUAUUUCUUGGGAACAACAACCUGAGUGGGGAGCUUCCUGCAAAUAUUGUUAGUUCGAGCCUACUUGCAUUAGAUGUCUCGUUCAAUCCCCUUUCGGGAAACUUACCAUUGCUUUUUGACAAUGGGAGAGUUUCACUGAACUUUGUUGGGACGUCACUAAAUGCGAACAACUUGGAAAACGGGAAAACGUUUGACAUGCUUAAGUGCCUUAACAGCAGUACAAACUGCCCAGCAAAAGUUCGAGCCUCUUCAUUUGCUGUCAACUGUGGAGGAACCGAUCAGAUCUCUGCUUCUGGUGUUAAUUUCGAGGACGACUCUGAAACACUCGGAGCUGCAUCUCUAUACAGAAGCUCCAAUCACCAAUGGGGAGUCAGCAGCAGCGGAUACUUUAUUUUCAACCCGCACGGGCCCCACGACAUAGCUGAGACAGACUCUCAGAUCACUGGAGCUCUGGAGUCAGAACUAUACAAAACUGCGAGAAUUUCCGCCAACUCCCUCAGGUACUAUGGCCUCGGUUUAAGGAAUGGGAAAUAUAAUGUGGAGCUUCACUUUGCGGAGAUAAAGAUCGAGGAUUCUCAGUCUUGGAAAGCUCUCGGGCGGCGUUUGUUUGAUGUUUAUAUUCAGGGCAAGAGAGUGCUUCAAGACUUCAACAUUCAGAAGGAAGCAGGCGGAUCCAACAGAGCCUCAAUAAAGACGUUCGAGGCAAAUGUGACAAACACCGUAAUAGAUAUUCACUUUCUAUGGGCCGGCAGAGGAACUUGCUGCAUUCCUGCUCAGAGCACGUACGGGCCUCUCGUUUCAGCCAUCCAUGUGAUGGAAGAUGGAGGAUCCGUGGGAUCAUCUUCCAAUAGUGACAAGAAGCGCACGGCAAGAAUCCUCGGGAUAGCACUGGGAUGCGCUGGAGCUCUCAUUAUAAUCUCCUCGGUCUUCUAUUUGUGGUGGACAAAGAACUCACCGGAGCACGUCCAGGUUCACACAGACUCGCCAAGAAAGGGAUGAUCCAGUGAUGGCACACAGAAGUGUAUAUAUCCAAUAAGAUUCUAUCUUGGCCAAACGGCCAUAUUCAUCGCAAUGCAUGUGUCCUGUUGCCUCUCGAGAUUAAAGACCAGUGUGCUUCUCUUCACCAUAUAUUAACGUGUGUAAUACGUGAAGAUUAUGUUCAACUUGAUCUGUGUUAAUAUCUUCCAACUGUUUGCGGAAUAUAGUAUAACUGAAAAUUCUGGUAAUUUUCAAGUUCUUUAUAGAUA